UGUCAGGGCCUGAGCUCUACGCCCCCGACCGCCGCCCCCCCCUCCCCCGCGGUCGCGUGGUUGCCACCUCUCGCUUCCCUUGCCGGGGGACAGGUGACGGCCGGGGCUCUGGGUGGCGGCCCAGCCUCCGUGCAUCUGUCCGUCAGCCGCCUCUCCGAGCCAGCCGCCGUCCUCGAGCGGGUCCCGGCCGCGGGAAGAUGGCGGCCGCGCCCCGCGGCGUCUGGGAGCAGCGGCUCCUGGGCUGUGGGUCGGGACCCCUGGCGCGGCUGCUCGUCCUUGCGCAGGCGCUGCUGCUGCUGCUGCCCGCCGCCCGGGCAGGCCUGUGCCCGGCACCCUGCGCCUGCCGCCUUCCCCUGUUGGACUGCAGCCGCAGGAGGCUGUCCGCGCCCGGCUGGAGGGCACUGUCAGGCCCGCUGCCCCCCGACACUUCCAGCCUGGAUUUGAGUCAUAACCGGUUGUCUAACUGGAACAUCAGUUUGGAAUCACAAACAUUACAAGAAGUGAAAAUGAAUUACAAUGAGCUAACAGAGAUCCCAUACUUUGGAGAACCAACACCUAAUAUUACUCUACUUUCAUUAGUCCAUAAUUUAAUACCAGAAAUAAAUGCAGAAGCACUUCAGCUUUACUCUGCUCUCGAGAGUUUAGACCUCAGUUCCAAUAUAAUAACAGAAAUUAAGACGUCUUCAUUUCCUCAAAUGUCGCUGAAAUACCUGAAUUUGAGUAAUAAUAGGAUAACCACCUUGGAGGCCGGUUGCUUUGACAACUUAUCGGGGUCUUUAUUAGUGGUAAAAUUAAAUCGUAACCGAAUUAGCAUGAUUCCACCUAAAGUCUUCAAGCUGCCUCAUCUCCAAUUCUUGGAGCUGAAAAGAAACAGGAUUAAGACUGUAGAAGGCCUCACCUUCCAAGGUCUUGAUUCUUUACGCUCAUUGAAAAUGCAGCGAAAUGGAAUUAGCAUACUCAAAGAUGGAGCAUUUUUUGGCUUGAAUAAUAUGGAAGAGUUAGAACUGGAACAUAAUAACCUUACAGGAGUGAGCAAGGGGUGGCUGUAUGGCUUGCGAAUGUUACAGCAACUGUAUAUGAGCCAGAAUGCUAUUGAAAGAAUCAGCCCCGACGCAUGGGAGUUCUGCCAGAGACUAUCUGAACUGGAUUUGUCUAAUAACCAACUGACCCGCCUUGAUGAAUCUGCCUUUGUGGGUUUGAGUUUACUGGAGAGAUUGAAUUUAGGCGACAAUAGAGUCACUCAUAUUGCUGAUGGUGUAUUUAGGUUUCUUUCCAAUCUUCAAACACUAGAUUUGAGAAACAAUGAAAUUUCAUGGGCCAUAGAAGAUGCUAGUGAAGCCUUUGCUGGACUCAAAAGUCUCACUAAAUUAAUCUUGCAAGGAAACCAGAUUAAAUCAAUUACUCAGAAAGCAUUCAUUGGUCUUGAAUCCCUUGAGUAUUUAGAUUUGAACAACAAUGCUAUAAUGUCUGUUCAAGAAAAUGCUUUUUCUCAGACUCACUUAAAGGAACUUGUUCUGAACACAAACAGUUUGCUCUGCGAUUGUCAUUUGAAGUGGCUGCUUCAGUGGCUGGUGGAUAACAACUUUCACCAUUCUGUGAAUGUCAGCUGUGCGCAUCCUGAGUGGUUAGCAGGGCAAAGUAUCCUGAAUGUGGACCUGAGUGAUUUUGUUUGUGAUGAUUUUCUGAAGCCUCAGAUGAGGACACAUCCUGAAAGCACAGUUGCCUUACGAGGUGCUAAUGUGACUCUGACGUGCACUGCGGUGAGCAGCAGUGAUUCGCCCAUGUCUACUGUGUGGCGCAAGGACAGUGAAAUCCUCUAUGAUGUGGAUAUUGAGAAUUUUGUUCGCUAUCGGCAGCAGGCUGGAGAAGCUCUGGAAUACACUAGUGUCCUGCACCUCUUCAAUGUGAACUUCACAGACGAAGGGAAAUACCAGUGUAUUGUCACUAAUCACUUUGGCUCUAAUUAUUCACAGAAAGCCAAACUGACUGUGAAUGAGAUGCCGUCUUUUCUGAAAACUCCUAUGGAUCUAACGAUUCGCACUGGUGCCAUGGCCAGAUUAGAGUGUGCUGCAGAAGGGCACCCUGCACCUCAGAUUUCUUGGCAGAAAGAUGGUGGUACUGACUUUCCUGCAGCCCGAGAAAGACGAAUGCAUGUCAUGCCCGAGGAUGAUGUCUUCUUCAUUGCCAAUGUGAAGAUAGAAGACAUGGGUAUCUACAGCUGCAUGGCACAGAAUAUUGCAGGCGGCCUCUCAGCAAAUGCCUCACUCACUGUGUUAGAGACACCCUCGUUUGUUAGACCUCUGGAGGACAAGACCGUCACUCGAGGUGAAACGGCAGUAUUGCAGUGCAUAGCUGGAGGGAGUCCUGCUCCUCGCCUCAAUUGGACCAAAGAUGAUGGGCCGCUCUUAGUAACAGAACGACACUUCUUUGCUGCAGCCAAUCAGCUUCUCAUCAUUGUAGAUGCUGGGCUAGAAGAUGCUGGAAAAUAUACCUGCAUUAUGUCAAAUACCCUUGGGACAGAACGAGGACAUAUUUACUUAAAUGUCAUUUCAUCCCCCAAUUGUGACUCUUCUCAGAAUAGCAUUGGACAUGAGGAUGAUGGUUGGACCACAGUUGGCAUUGUCAUCAUUGUUGUGGUCUGCUGUGUCGUUGGCACGUCUUUGAUCUGGGUCAUUGUUAUUUACCAUAUGAGAAGGAAAAAUGAAGACUACAGUAUCACAAAUACAGAGGAACUUAAUUUGCCUGCAGACAUUCCCAGCUACUUGUCUUCCCAAGGAACACUGUCUGAACCACAGGAAGGCUACAGCAACUCUGAGGCAGGCAGUCAUCAGCAACUUAUGCCUCCUGCCAACGGAUACAUACACAAAGGCACUGACGGUGGCACUGGUACCCGGGUGAUCUGUUCAGAUUGUUAUGACAAUGCCAACAUCUACUCAAGGACCCGAGAAUACUGUCCAUACACCUAUAUUGCUGAGGAGGAUGUUCUGGAUCAGACUCUGUCCAGCCUCAUGGUUCAGAUGCCCAAAGAGACAUUUUUAUCGCAUCCUCCCCAAGAUGCUGCUACUCUGGAGAGUCUGAUACCAUCAGCAGAGAGAGAGCUGUCUGCCUUUCCCACCAACCAUGAGAGGAUGACUGAGAAGCUUCCCUUCUCACAGAUGAGCAGUGAAGUAUUUCAGCGGCCUCUGUGGAACAUGAACAGAGAACCAGGCCUGCUUCCCUUUUGCCAACAGCCUGUCCUUGAGUCACCGCAGCUUCCGCGACAUGAGGGCCUGGCAGAGAGGGAUCCAAACUGCUCCUCACCUGUGUCCAGCCAUAAGUUACAUGACCACACUUUUGAUUUUAGCAGGACUCGGAACAUUCAAGAUGGUAGUGAGGGUACAUGAAGCCCGUCCAUGAGGAAGUCUGAGCAGAGACUCAAGUUGGUUCAUUUACUACCUCAGAGUUGAGAAGAACCCCCAAAGUCAGCGUUUGCAUUACUCUUUGCUUCGAAUUAUAUCUGGCCACACCAAAGUAGCCCGAUGUUUGGCCUUACACCUGGCGAAGAAAAGGUAGUGGCGGGCAGAAAUGUACUACAGAAAUGUGUACCACGCUGAGAGUUCACAGCCCCGGCAGAAGACGAUGGACAAGUGUCCCUCCAGACGGCUUCACAGUGACAUGCCUAGGUGUGCACUGCCUGUCAUGAAGGGUGUCAUUGCUGCUUAGCUGCUGGCUUGCCCCAGUCCUCAGAAUGGUCGUGAGAAGACAUUACUGCUUCGACAUUUUACAUUGCCUUCCAAGCAAGGAACAGAGAUAACUUCUGAACUCUCCUGAGUCUGACUGAGACUCGAGAAUGGAGGCCGAGACUUUGAUAUUCAAGGUCUUGGGCUGGAAUCCUUUCGCCAGCUGGUACCAGAGCAAAGGCUUUUGUAUUCUUCUGGAGUUGUUUUUUUCUUUGUGUGUGUGUGUUGUAUGUUUGUCCUGUCCCUAUAACCAGGGAUGUCAUUGUAAAUAUAUGUGCAUUUAUAAAUAAUUUUUCUACUCAUUGACCUUGUGUGUUGGCUACAGUGUAAAUAUUUUUGAUAUGCCCAAAUUAUAUAUAAUGUCUAUCUGGUUACUGUAUGGGCAGCAACUUCUCAAGAUCAUAGACUUUGCAUAACUUAGUUUAGUGAGGUCUACAAACUCUGUUUAAAGUUCUAAGACUUUGUCACGAAGCUCAUGUAGAGGGACAGGGUACUUUGUGAUUGUGUGCUCACAAACUGCUUGCUUCACGCCUGAAGGUCUACACAUCCGAUCACUCGCCAUCUGUUUACAAGUGCCAGGUGAUAAUCUUGUUCUCGUAGCAUAAAUGUCUUGUUCUUCCAGAGCCCGGCAGCCUUGCCACAGCCCUGUGAGUAUAGAAGAUGGCUUAUUUGGGGAUUGUCUUCUUUCAGCAAAGUGCUUUGAUGACAAGGAAACCAAAGAUUGUUCUUUUUUUAUGUUUACUUUGUUUUUAAUCUCCUCCACGAAUGUAGCAGCGUGUUAAGAAGGGAAGUGUGCUCUUGGGAGCCAAAAAACUUUAUGUAAACAACGAAUGCCAACACUAAUGCUGACGAAAUGUCACGUGCUUUCAUUCUGUCCUCUGUGAUGCCAGCCUCCUACUUAAAUUGUCAUGUUUUCUUCAUUUUCAUUUUGAAUCUUUAAAAAAUUAUUAUAGUCUUUCAUCCCUUUGGACCAUACGCUUUCUUCCUUUUGGACUGUGUUCCAGUUUUAUAGUGGUCUGACUAGAAAUUAAGAGCAGGCCCCUUCCUGGUGCUGCCCUGGCUAGCCACAUCUGACUCUUACUGCGCAAAGAGGCUGUUUACUAGCUGCUCUAAGCCGCUCUCCAGCAGCCAGGAGCCAGAGAGGACCGUGCUACUUCAGUAAAGAGCCGCCUUUGUCAGCUGUUAGCUAGAUCAAGAGUCAUGCGGCUUGCUCUGACUUUAGCUGUAUUUAUUUCCCCAAAACAGGAUUAAUGGUCUAAGAAAUGCUCAGGGGAGGGAACAAUCUCUGCUUUUAAACAGUGUCAGUAAACAGACUCACGUCUGGAUUGAAAAGCUGCCUUUUGUCUCCGGAGCAGCAGAGCUCCAGCACGUGGGCUCAGAGUGGAGGUGUGCUGCCGCUUGCUUGUUCUGUGGUCAGAGUUCAAUGUGCUGUCAGCUGUGAUCUGUCAGGGUAGAAAGCAGGCCCUGACCCAGUCCUCUAGAAAUACUUCAUCCAGGACGUCACCUCCAAGCCUCAGCAGUGACCUUUCUGCUGGGGUGUCAGGUGGUCUCCUGAGGUUGUGAAAUGUUGGUCUCCCCUCCCAGAUACCCUGGCUUGUUACAUAACUUAUUAGGAAUCCAUCUACAGAUGGUAAAAGCCUGCCUCUGCUUUUAUAAUAACAAUAACUUCUUACAUUAGGGAAAGGAAUUCCUGAAAAAACUUGCCCAUGUUUGACCAAGCAGUGUCUACCCUCCAAUAGUGAUAAAAUUGGCAUCUCCUCAGCGCUUCUUCCAGGCUGGACAGGGUCCACUUAGGGACAUUGCAGAGCCAGGCCGACUGAAAUGCUGAGAGAAGUGGUCCAUCCCCCCAGCCAGCUCCUACUUCAUUUCAGUGGGACCACACAAGCCUCUGGAUUUGUUUGUGCCCCUCAUGGGCUGAUAAGCCUAUCUAUAGGAAGUAGCCUUUUCCUUGAACUCCAAGCCUUACAGUACGGGAUCUACACUCAGCAGCGGAUGGGUUUUUGCUGGUUGUACCUUCAUCUGCAGGCUGCUGUCCAGAUAGGAUGUAUGUGAAAUCCAGCCCUGCGAACAGCUGUCUGUAAGACCCCACCUCGGAAGCUUGCCCAGGCAGUUUUUGGUGAGGUGACGUUCACUCAGCAGGCUGUACGUUGCCCAGUGAAGGGUUGUAAAGGACCAAGCAGUUUCGGCACUGUCAGCCAUUCUGUGAAAAGGGGGACAUGAGAGAGGUCUUUAUGUACAUCUGGUUGUAGGGAGGUAUAAAGUACACUUCUCUGGUGAUGGAAAUAACCUGCCUUUUGUGGGGAGGUGUGUGCAGACGUCAUUGCUAGCCAUGCUGCACAGAGUCCUCUGAUGGAGUGGAACACGGGCAAGGUCCCUGUGACGUCUGUCAUGUUGUCAUUAGCUUGGGAGUUUGUCCUUUGAUCUUUAUGUUUGGUUUAGUGCACUUCAGGAUUUUUUUUUUUUUAAACCAAGCCAUUUGGGACUUUGGUUAACAGAGGAAUCUGAUCUGUGUUCCCAGCUAACAGCAUGAAAUUGUAGCAUUAUCUUCUCUGAGGAAAAACCCUGUACUUCUGACACAAGUGCCAUUACUCUAACAGAAAAUUUAAGCCUGUGUUGUAUUAUAGCUCUUCACUAUGAUUUUUUAAAAAAAUAUUAUUAUUAUUGUUUUUUUUUUAGCCCCCUGGCUUUGAACUCUCAAUCUCCUGCCUCACCCUCCCAAAUGUAGCAACUAUAGGUAUGUCUGUCUUGACUAAUUUUUGGUUUUGCCCAUGGAGCCCAACUGGAGUGGAGUUGGUAUUGCAGUGUUCAGUUUUAGGAUGUUUUACCCAAGUGUGUGAGGAUAGCCUUUUCUCGUUGGCUAUCCACUGACAUGCUGCAGGGAUAAGGAGUAGCAGGUAAGUGUGGCCGUUUUCCCCUGGUGCUGGGCAUUGAGACUACAACUCUGAAUGCCAGGUGCAUGUUCUCCCACUGAGCUCAGACCCCCAUAUCUGUUCUCUUUUUAUGUGAGACUUGGCCUAUCUUUGGGCUUUUUGUUUUUUUCCUUUUGGCAGUCCUGGGAUUGAUCUGUAGCCUCCUGCAUACCAGUCAAGUGGUCUACCUCCGAGCUACAACCUCAGCUGAAAUGUUGUUUUGCUACAGAUUAAUGAGUGGUUAUAAAAACAAUGGGACCAUAAAUGGCUGAGCUGAGGUUUUUUGUUUUUUGUUUUGUUUUUUGUUUGUUUGGUGCUCUCUGCCAGUCCAGUGUGGAGGUGUGCUGCACCUCCCUUUCCACUUUAAACUUUUUGUUUGGAACAUGAUCUAAAGAUACAGCACUUAGCGUAGAUUUUCUUGUUCUUGUUCUUUUUUGAACAUUAGUUUGUUGGCAGAAGUACCAAGCUUCUGAAUUAGGGAUGUAUUAGAAACUGCACUUAGAACAUCUGAAAACCCAAGACCCGUAGGCUUUGUGAGAAGGUGGGAGGGGAAGGAGAGGUUGAUGUCUGGUGUCCUGGGAACCAAACCCAGGUAAGCACUCUCGCAGCCCGUGUGCUGUAAGUUAUGAUUUGGGUUCCUUCCUUCUGGGUUGCGCAUUGUUUCUUAGCAGCGCUGGUAACGACCGAGUGGUGGAGUGAGGGUGCAGAGCCCUUUGACUUGUCUGCGCCUGGUGUUGGACGUGCAGUGAGUUUGUAGCAACUGUGACUGUUUCCAAAGAGAAACUGAUCUUCAUACUUCAUGUACCCUUGAAGUGUGUCCUGGCUGCUGGAGAUGGCCUCUUUGCCCACGAGUGACUUCUACUCCCUGCUGUCUUCUAUUCUCUUUUCCCGUUAGAGGCUGCCAACUGAGCAGCCCUCCUGUAAGGCACCUCUAAAGAGAUACAAGUCACGUUGUUCAGUGUGGCUGUUUCCUGGUAUCGAUUAUAUUUUCUCACAUAAGAAUGUAUAUUUUAUAGAGCAUGUGUUCGUCCUGUCUACUGUAAUGUCAAUAAAGCUAA